AUGUCAAAUAUUGAAAUUGAACAUAACGGCGUCAACGAGGCCGGAGCCCAUCAGGGUGAAGGUGUCGCGCCCGGCAGGCAAGGAGCUUCCGAUCCGGCUCCUGCAGGUCGUCAUCAGGCUACGGGUCGGAUAAACCAACGAAUGAAAUGGGAAAAGGAAGUGAACAAGAUUGUGAUUGAAUGCUGGAUAAGAAGUGAACCCACAAAAAGAAAGUACAGGCAGAGAAUGAAGCAGAUAUGGGACGAAAUAGGAGUGUUCCCCAUCACAGAGCAAAGAUUAGCAGAUCAAGCCAGGCAAAUUCGGGUGAAUAAAUGGCUUACAGACAUGGAAAUUGAGGAAAUUGAAAGAAGGUGUGCGAAUAGUCACAGCGAAGAAACUGGCGAUGCAGUCAACAAUGAGGAAGCGGAAGAAGAACAAGCUAUACAAGGAAGUGAUGUUGAAGGACAACAGGAAAUGGUAAUUCAAAGUGGCACUGAUCAAGAACUCACAAGAGAGACAGGUGAUAGGCCUUUCGAUGAGCAGCAAGAAGAAGAGCCCGAAGAUGAAAGAGAAGAAAACUGGAUGUUUCCUGAAGAUGAUGAUAUGUUGAUCAGAAGAGCGGAGAUUGAAAACUACGAGGAAGAAGAAAAAGAAGUAUUGCGAAAAUUAAUGAAUGAGAUCAGACAAAAUCCGGAAAAGAGCCCUCCAAACCUCAGAUAUAGUGAUAGGAAGAAAGUCAAAGCAGCUACAAUGAAAGUGAACAAAGUCCUAGCUAUAAUCAGAACUAAGUCAAUAACGGAAACAAACAUAGUAUUGCGUGCAGCUGGAAAUGUUGUAUCGGAGUUGGUGGGGUAUAGGGCAAUGAUUAGGAAGGAAGACAAGACACCGCAUUGGAGGAGAAGAAUUUUGGACAAACAGAAGGUUUUGCGCAAGGAUUUAGGCCAGUUGAAUAGAAUGAAAAGAAAUGAGUUGAGAAAUGAAGGUACAAUAACAAAACUCGAAAGGAAAUAUUGCAUUGAAGAAAAGGGAGUAUCUGUAGUUUAUGAAGAAGUUCAACAAAGGUUAGUUGCAAUCGGAGCAAAACUUGAAAGAUAUGACAAUAGGACAAGCCAUUACAGACAGAAUCGCUUGUUUGAAUCAAACCAAAAGAAAUUGUUCGAUGAAUUAGAUGGAGUGAAAAGGGAAAUGGUGGUACCUGAUGCAGAGGAAAGUACUAGAUUCUGGAGUGACAUAUGGGACAAUUCAGUAAAACACAAGGAGAAUCCAGAGUGGUUGAAGAAUGUGGAGGAUGAGUUAGCAGGAGUAGGAGUGCAAGAAGACAUACGUAUCGAGACACCGAAAUUGCGAAAGCAGAUAAGGAAAAUACCGAAUUGGAAAAGCCCUGGUCCUGAUGGAGUGCAAGGGUAUUGGAUAAAGAAUUUGACUAAUUUGCAUGGUAAGAUAGCAAUUCAACUGGAUAAGUGUCUCCAAGAAAAUAGCGUGCCACUAUGGAUGGUGACAGGGAAAACAGUACUUUGUGUAAAAGAUUUGGCAAAAGGAAGCGCAGUUGACAAUUUUAGGCCAAUUACAUGCUUGCCGCUGCUGUGGAAAUUACUGACUGGGAUCAUAGCGGAAGAAUUGUAUAAUUAUCUUGAAGAAGCAGCAUUAUUGACAUGGGAACAAAAAGGUUGCAGAAAAGGAAGCCGUGGGACUAAAGACCAACUUCUAAUUGACAAAAUGAUCUUGAAAAAUUGUAAAACACGUUUAACUUCACUAGCUGUUGCAUGGAUUGAUUAUCGUAAAGCUUACGAUAUGGUCCCUCAUAGCUGGAUAGAAAAAUGUUUGGAUAUGUUUGGAAUAGCAGUCAAUGUCAAGUCUUUCAUAAGCGAGUCAAUGAAAAAGUGGAACACAGAAUUAAAUGCGGGCCAAACCAGACUUGGAAACGUAAAAAAAAGCGAGGAAUUUUUCAGGGGGAUAGUUUAUCACCACUGCUAUAAAGAUCAAAUUGAUAGUUUAGUAAAUACAGUCAGAAUUUUCUCAGAAGAUAUCAAGAUGGAGUUUGGAUUAUCUAAAUGUGGAGUGCUAAUCAUAAAAAGAGGAAAAGUAGUUGAAAGCGAUGGCCUCUGCAUGCCAGAUGGUGCAAUGAUGAGAAAUAUUGAGGAAAGUGGAUACAAGUAUUUUGGUCUUGGAACCAUUAAUUCAAGAGCGGUAUCAGUUGUCAGAUACGGAGCAGGAAUCAUAAAGUGGACAAAGAAUGAAUUGGAGGAAAUGGACAGGAAAACAAGAAAGCUGAUGACAAUGUAUGGGGCGCAACACCCAAAAGCAGAUGUUGAUAGGUUGUACUUGAAAAGAUAUGAUGGUGGAAGAGGCUUGCUUGGUGUUGAAGACUGUGUGCAGGCAGAAGUCAACAGUCUUGAUAAGUACUUACGUGCGUCAGAAGAAAACAUGUUGAAGGAAGUAAACAUCAGUAGUAUUCUUGAGAACAAGAAGCAUGGGCAGAGCAGAGAGGAUAUACAGAAAAGUCAUAAAGAGAGAUACGAGAAUAAAGGAUUGCAUGGACAGUUCCAUAAAGCUACGGUGAAAGUAAAGAGCAAUAAAUCAUGGGAUUGGCUAAGAAAAGGAUAUUUGAAAAAAGAAACAGAAAGUACAAUCAUAGCAGCACAAGAUCAAGCCCUUUGCACAAGAAAUUUGAGGAAACAAGUCUAUGGAGAGGAUAUUGAUUCAAGUUGUAGAGUGUGUGGUGCUGCAGAAGAAACAGUGGCACAUAUUGUGUCAGAAUGCCAGAAACUAGCACAGAAGGAAUACAAAGAAGUUAGGCAUGACAAUCUUGCAAAAGUGAUCCACUGGAAAUUAUGUGAAAAAUGGGGAUUUGAGAAAUCUGAUAAGUGGUACACACACAAGCCUGAAAAAGUAUUGGAAUCCAACGAGUGCAAGAUUUUAUGGGAUUUCCCCAUACAAACAGACAAGACACUGGAACACAAUAGACCGGAUCACUCAUGCCCAUUUGACACUCGCAUUGAAAGGAAAGAAGAAGAAAAGUGCAACAAUUACUGCGACUUGAAAUAUGAGAUUGCAAGAAUGUGGAGAAUGAAAGAAGUUGAAGUAAUCCCUGUAGUUGUAGGGGCAUUAGGAUCUGUGACGAAAGACUUUGAAAAAUGGAUUCAAAAGCUAGAUUUGGGAAUAACAGCAGAAAUGUUACAAAAGCCUUGUUUACUUGGAACAGCCAGAAUUAUUCGGAAAGUCUUGGACAUGAAAUGA